AUGUCUGUUUAUGGCCAGAAUCACUUUACUUGGAAUGGUACUCUGAGAGAUCUGCAUGGCAGCUAUACAGGCUUCUGCACAGGACGAGGUCGACCAAGUAUGACGGCCACCUUAAGCUCCUCCAGCGGCUUAGAGGUCCUCCUUUCCACUCUGCAGAAUGUAGGGGAUGUGGAGAGCACCUUAAAUAUCCUCAGUGUCUUGGAUGAACUUCUGUCAGCUGGUACAGAUCGGCGCAUCCACUAUAUGAUCAAGAAAGGUGGUAGUGAGGCUCUGCUGACUGCACUGGUUAAAUAUGGCCACACUUUCAGUCCCAACUACACUAUACUCAUACCACUCCUGCACCUGCUAGCUAAAGUUGGACACAAAGACCGUCGUAUUGGUAUGAAAGCAGAAGAGGCAGGUGCAGUGCUGCUGACUCUGAAUCUGCUGAAACACAAUGACCAGCAUGCCAGGAGAACUGCUGCCUGCCUCUGGGUGAUCCAAGUCUUCUGUUCAUCAGUUUCUACAGCAAACCUCAUAGGAGAAAACCAUGGACUGGAUGUCAUCUACCGCCUUAUUCCUCAAUACACAACCAAGCAUCUGCAUGCUAUUAAGGCAGCCAUUAAUGCCUUUUCUGCUCUGCUGUGCACAAAGGCAAAUGUUUGUUCUGCGGUAUCUAAAGGAUACAUCUCUGGCUUCUUGUGGCUUUAUGAGGACUGGCACAACAAAGAUAACCAAGAUGUUGCCAUAGCAAUCCGUCAUGCACUCCUGUGCUGCCUCCUUAAGGCCACUGACAGCACUGCAGGCAGGCAGGCUUUUCUAUCCCAGGGAGGUAUCAGACUCCUAUAUCAAACUGCACAGACAUGUUUAUUAAGCAAAAAUCUGGAGUGUUUGGUGGAGCCAUCCAUGCAGCUGAUGAGGAAGUGUCUUCCUAGAAUUCCUCUACCAGUCACAUCAGAUCAGUCUGCAUAUAGCUUUCUCCUGCCUGGUACACCUGCUUUCCCGGAUGUUAGUGAGACACCAGAUGAGAGCAGUGAUGAGAGCGAUGCUGAAGAAGCUGAAGAUAACCAUGAGGCCAACAACAGAGACUAUGAUGAUGACUUGGAGACUGACCUGAACAAACUUCGUCUUCCUCCUGACCCUGACAGACCUAAAGAGCUGCUUACACAGUACAGCUGCUUUUGCCCUGAGCUGUCACAUGAUUUCCAGGAGCUGGAUCUGAGUUCAGAGACAGGGGAUAGUUCAACAGCAUCAUCAUCAUCAGAUGAUGAGGUAGUGCUCCUUAACAAGGACAGGACAAAGACUACUGCAAGUCGAGAUUCCUCUACCUCUGAUUGUUCUUACUCAGAGAUGGAAAUAUCCAGUAGAGACAUGCCAGCUGCUGCCCAUUUAGAAGCGUGUGAUUUCCACAGUCACAGCAGCAUCCUGGGCACAAGCCCUGGGUUCAGGACCAUGGUUAGAGGGGCAAUGGGAGAAGCCUCCCCAUGUCAGAGAGAAGAUGAGCAAGAUAAUGAAGAAGGUGGAACAGAAGAAUUUUAUCAUCAUACAAUAAUAGACAGGUUACUGGAGCGGCACGGAGCCGGUAUUCCCCACCAUGAUCCCAAGCUAUAUUGUGCAGUAGCUUCCAAAACCAAAUCCAUUCCAGAUUUUAGCAUCCUGGCCUUUCCUGAUUUCUGGGGUCAUCUUCCACCACCAGGACAUCAACCCAUGGCCCCACGCAAACCCAACAUACAGAGACAGAAAGUGUUUGAAGAUAUUCACCGUUUUCUGAAAACUGAUGACAUCAUUAACCAUGUUGUCUUUGACCUCGAAGAUAACAAGGUCAGGGGAAGGAGGAAGGCAGGGUACAAGCUUGGACAGCUUACCAGAAUGCAGCCGGUCCUGUACUCAGUAAAAGAAGCCCUGGAAGGUAGACCACACUGGAUCAGAACUGGAACGGAAAUUUGUUAUUUCAGAAACAACUUUUGUCCAGCACAGGGCAGAAGGAGAACUACCUUUUACACCCUGACCUUUACCAUCACCUUCAAACAUAUUGAGGAUGUCUGCUACCUGGCCUACCAUUAUCCCUACACAUACUCUGCUCUGAUGGCUCACUUGAAAAUACUGCAGAAAUCAGUGGAUCCGGCCAAGGUGUUUUUCAAGCAGCAGACUCUUUGUAGCACUUUGGCUGGAAACUCCUGUCCAGUAGUUACCAUCACUGCCUGUCCAGUCAGCAGAAGGUGGAAAGACCUGCACCAGAUGCGUAAUCGCCCCUAUAUUGUACUGUCCAGCCGUGUGCAUCCUGGUGAGUCCAAUGCCAGCUGGGUGAUGAAGGGCACUUUGGAGUUUCUGUGCAGCAAUGACUUGGUGGCCCAGAGUCUCAGGGAGGCCUUCGUCUUUAAGGUCAUCCCCAUGCUCAACCCAGAUGGAGUCAUCAAUGGCACAAAUCGCUGUGACCUGAACAGCAAAGAUCUGAAUCGUCAGUGGAGUAAACCAGACCCUCUUCUGAGUCCAACCAUCUACCACACCAAAGGCUUUCUCUACUACCUCAACAUUAUAGGACGGACUCCAGUGGUUUUCUGUGACUACCAUGGCCACUCUCGAAAAAAGAAUGUGUUCCUGUAUGGCUGCAGCAUUAAGGAGACUCUCUGGCAGUCUGGCUCUGCAGUUGACACUGUAGGAUUGAAAGAGGAUCCUGGAUACAGGACCAUUCCAAAGACCUUGGAUCGUAUCGCACCGACCUUUUCUUUCAACAGCUGCAACUUUUUGGUAGAGAAGUCUCGCUCUGCUACAGCCAGAGUGGUUGUCUGGAGGGAAAUGGGAGUUCUGAGAAGUUAUACUUUGGAGAAUACUUACAAUGGCUGCAACCAGGGAAUAUACAAGGGGCUGCAGACAGGAACCCAGGAGCACCAGGAAAUGGGGAUGAAGUUCUGCCACAGUGUGUUGUCUGUAACCAAAGACACAAGGAUUCUAUACAGCAGGAAACUCAUCAACCAUAUUGACCUGGACCACAACAUGCUGGACCACAAGUCUCACAACUGUUUUGAAGACGAUGAGCCUCCGUGUGCUGAGGAGAUCGAGUACUCUGUUGGCUGUCCCACACUUAAAGGCAGUGAUUUGGAUUCAGACAUUGACAGCAACAUGGCCCAUGUUGAUGAGGAUGAUAAGGAUGACAAAGAGCACAGUGCUCAAAAACAUCAGCAAGACAGCAUCAGUCAGUCUCAGCAGUCAAGCAUAAAGAACCACCUGUUUCCUCCACAAACCCGGCAGCCAUCCGUCGAUACACCUAGUGAGAGAAGAGACUUGCGUAAUGGUUUGAGCAUUGCAAAAUGAAAAAUCACAAGUUAAAAGG